GGCUCAACCUGGCCAGUGUGAGAGUGUUCCUGGCUGAGUAAACACCUAGACCUCUCCUCGCUUACGCACGCCGCACCUACAACAAAAAAGUCGCCCCCUCUUCCAACUUAGACCACAUAACGCUGUUGAAUUUAUCUUCCCUUUAUUGACCUACACAUAACAUUCACCCCCUCCCCCACCUCCCACACUCCACCACAACCACCACACUCAUACAAACACUCAACUAUAUCCUUCCACACACCCUUCCUUUACAAGACCGGUCCAGGACAACUUUUCCCCAUCAAGUCCCUCCCCCCGCCGUCUUUACACAGGAAGUCCUAUUUCAUUUCAUAAUCAAUGCAGGACUCGUGGAAUAUCAACACCAAAACCCAACUUGACGAGAGUAGACAGUGAUUGUGAUAACGACGACUUUUCCGCAGUAUUUCCUAGAGGGGCGUCCAUCAUUUUGUAGAACGUGAGGAAAGAUGGGGUCGGUACACAUAGAUCAUCUGCUGUCUCUAAAGAGGUUGGGGACAUUAUUUUAUGCCGUGAGUCCAAGCAACACCACCUUUGAGAAAGUUGAACAAGUCCCAAACUACAUCAAUGAGGCUGUACCAUGGUUCACAUUAACGGUGGUGUUGGAACACAUCCUCGGCCUCCUGCGGGGGAAGAAGGUGGGACGACUCAACGACAACGUCACCUCCUUGGGACACGCCAUCCUGUAUGAGUCGUUAAAGUUGUUUACACGCUGGUUUGAGAUGAGUGGAUACCUGUGGAUCUACCAGUACCGCUUCAUCGACAUCCCAUGGAACUCUCCCUGGGCGUGGUGGGCGGGCUUCAUCGCUGCAGAUUUCGUGUACUAUUGGUUCCACCGAGCCUCACAUGAGGUGAGUGUGUUUUGGGCGUUGCACCAGGUCCAUCACUCACACGAGGACUAUAACGUAACAGUGGCACUCAGGCAGUCGGCAUUCCAGAGGCUCUUCUCCCUAGGCUUCUAUCAGCCCAUGGCACUACUGGGUGUUCCCCUACCAGCUAUAUGUGUCCACUUCCACCUCAACCUCCUCGUGCAGUUCAUUAUCCACACCGUUCUCAUCGACAAGUGUGGUCCGCUGGAGUGGAUUCUCAACACGCCAUCUCACCACCGCGUUCACCAUGGUGCUAACAAGUACUGUCUGGACAAGAACUAUGGCGGCUUCCUGAUCAUCUGGGACCGUCUGUUCGGCACCUUCGCGGCUGAAAAAGACGACGAGGAGCUCGUCUACGGCCUCAUUGACCAACCUCAGGCCAAUGGCAUCUUAUACCUCCAGUUCUUCUACAUCCGAGAGAUCAUCAAUAAGGCGAGGAUGCAGGAGACUUGGGGGAACACUGUGAGGGCCCUGAUCUGUGGCCCUGGCUGGAGUCCUGGGUCCCCUCGCCUCGGAGAUAUGGAUACCUUCAAGGACGUCAAAGCACCACGGGCCAAGUACGAUCCUUACCUACCCUCCUGGCAGAAAGCCUACGUGGCUAUCCACUACCUCACUAUCCUCUUCCUGCAGCAGGUCCUGACGUUCAAUCUGAAGACUUACUCCCUGUCGACGGCCGUGGUGUUCUUCGCGUUCAUUGUAGUCAGCAUCAGCAACAUAACGGUGAUGUUCGACAAAUGGAUGUGGGUGGGAGUGGUGGAGGUCGCCCGCUGCGCCUUCUACGUUGCCAUCGCCCGCUCCACACCCAUUACGGGCGUCUUCUCCAUCGAUUUCCUCCUCCAAAUGAUCUUCUUCGUCUCCAUGGUGUUGUGGACCCUCAGGAGCAUGUCGUUCACCCAUGUCAAGCUCCUUUAAGCAAGUUAUUGUGAGCAAAGUUGAACUACCCUUGUUGGAUACCAAAUCUUUUAGUUCCUGUGAGAAGAAUAAUCUUUUUCCUGUGAGGAGUAUAAACACCUUUCAAAAUUCUGAGGAACAAGUUGGACGAUCACUGUUUACAAAAGCUAAAUCCUCCUUCAGAAUCAGUGUUAAUGCCGAGGUUCCACAAGACACUCUUAUUAGGAGGCUCACUGUGACAGAAAGAUAAUUCCUAGAUCACCUGUAAAAAAAGACACAACUUGGCCACUGAACAUAAAACUCAAACUCAAGACUCAUGUGCAAUGUUUUCUCCCAGCUGGAGGAAACAAAACUCUUGUAAUUAUUUCGUUUAUUCAUUGUUUUACUUUGGGAUGGACUGGGGAGGUACCCAUGACAGCAUAUAUAUACCCUGAGGAAGUAACCUACAUUCAAGCCAUGCGUCAAUGCGUCACCUAACCCACACAGCUUGGAAUAGAAUAGGUGUAUCUUCUCCUAGCCUGUAGUCUUUAUCGUUCUAUUUGCCUUUUUUUUUUACUUACAGGGAUGUUGUUAUAUUAUAAGUAUUGUACUGAUU